GCCAAAUACGGUACUACUGCAUUGAAUUAUUUUAUUAAAUUUUUAACAAAGUACGCGCCAAUUGUUCGCUUUUUGGCUCAAACCACCGCAACUUUCGGCCAAGCGGACCAAUUGAAGGUGGUUUUAUGCCCGCUUUAGUCCGGCAGAGAGGAGCGCGUGUGUAAUUGGCCACCAGUUGUUGCUCCCAAGCCAUUUCGGUCGUCCUCGUCGCGCGCCCCUCGAUUGGAUUUAUUUGGAUUUAUGAAUAUUGGAGCGACUGGCUGCGCCGUCGAUCUCUGCCCACCAGGAUGUCGCAGGAUAAGCUGGGAGCCGACGUGGCCGGCAUGACCUCCAGAUUGGCCGAAAUCCUCUCGGAGUUGUGCGUCUGCAUAGAGGGCAAACAGCCGCCCGAAGUUCAUGACGAAACCCUGGCCCGGGUGGCCAAGUGCGUGUCGGCCACUUCUGGCUCGGGACCCGUGGGCAAUUCGAUUCCCCUCACCGAACGCGAAUGCGUCCUGAAGACGGUGAAGAUCCUGAAGGCCCGCAAGGAGGUGGCUGGCACGGACUCGGCGGAGCACUUCCACGAGCUCUACAGGAAGCUGCUGCUGCUCAAAAUCGAUCCGUACGUAAGGCACACGGUGAUGGGCUUUCUGCUGACGAUGGCCGACAAGCAGGCGAACGGCGGAGAUGCCGGCGGAGAUCCCUGCCUCUCCGCUCGAUCGGAUAACCUCAGUCUGGCCCUGCGCAGUCGAUCGUCCUCCAACCGGAGCAGCCACAACGGCAAUGGAUUGUCGAACGGAGAAGGAGAAGCCUUUAGCUACGAUCCCACGCAAUCCAGCCUGGGUUUGGGCCAGCAAACCCUGCCCGACUACGCAAAGAAGCUGGAGGCAAAGGAUGCGAACGAAGAUAUAGGUCAGGAGAUAGUGAUAAAUGCCAUCUACUCCUUCACCGGCGUCCAGGGGAAGUAUCUGAAGAAGGACGUGGUCACCGGACGCUUCAAGCUGGAUCCGCUGAACAUGAAAGCCCUCAACAUGGGCGAGGCGGGCAUGCUGCUGCGGCUCUCGGAGCUGGGCUACUACCACGAUCGCGUGGCCAAGUUCGCGGACAUCUCGACGGGCUUCAAUGCGAUGGGCUGCAUGGGCCAGGCGCUGAUAUCCAAGCUCAAGGAGGAGCUGGCCGCCUUUCACGGCCAGGUGGCCGUGCUGCACGACGAACUGGAUGGCCAGCGGAAGGCGCAGAGGGGGAGUGAGGAACUAACGCUACUGAAGCUGCUCGCCUGGUACAUAAAGCCGCUGCACCGGCUGCAGUGGCUCACCAAGAUCGCCGACGCCUGCCAGCUGAAGAAGGGCGGCGAAUUGGCCUCGACCGUCUAUGAUUAUCUGGACAACGGUCAUUCGAUGGUGGAUGCCUUGGUGGAGGACAUACUCACCGCCAUCUGUGGGCCCCUGGUGCGCAUGAUAUCCCGGUGGAUGCUGGAGGGCGGCAUCAACGAUCUGUACAGCGAGUUCUUUGUGGAGUCGCUCAACGAUGUGGGCGCCGAUCGGCUGUGGCACGACAAGUUCCGGCUGCGGCUGAACAUGCUGCCCAAGUUUGUGCCCAUGGAGCUGGCCGAUAAGAUUUUGAAGACGGGCAAGUGCAUCAACUUUCUGAGGGAAAUCUGCGAGAUGCAGGGGCUGAUGAAGGAGCGCGAGGAGCUCAAGAAGGUGAUGGACAACAAUGUUGCCCAGUUCUUUGCAUAUGUUCCAGACACCAGCUGGCAUGCGGCCGUGGAAACCUGCUACCAGCAGACCUCCAAACAUGUUUUGGACAUUAUGGUGGGUCCACACAAGCUGCUGGAUCAUCUGCACGCCAUGCGCCGCUACUUGCUGCUGGGCCAGGGCGACUUUGUCAGCAUUCUCAUUGAGAAUAUGAAGGACGAACUGGAGCGCGGGGGCGGCGAUAUCUAUGCCCACGAUCUCUCCUCAAUGCUGGACGCCGCUCUGCGCUGCACAAAUGCCCAGUACGAUGAUCCCGACAUACUCAACCAUCUCGAUGUGAUCGUACAGCGUCCGUUCAUCGGCGACAUCGGCUGGGACAUCAUCUCGCUGCAGUACAUCGUCCAGGGACCACUGGCCACCAUGCUGGAGCCCACUAUGCCCACGUACAAGCUGCUAUUCAAGCCCCUCUGGCGCAUGAAACACAUGGAGUUCGUGCUCUCCAUGAAGAUCUGGAAGGAGCAGAUGGGCAAUGCCAAGAGCCUCCGGCCGAUGAACGCCGAGAUCGGCAAGGCGUCGCACCGGCUGAACCUCUUCACGUCGGAGAUCAUGCACUUCAUCCACCAGAUGCAGUACUACGUGCUCUUCGAGGUGAUCGAGUGCAACUGGGUGGAGCUGCAGACGAAGAUGCAGCAGGCGACGGCGCUCGACGACAUCCUGGAUGCGCACGAGAAGUUCCUGCAGACGAUCAAGGUGGGCUGCUUUGUGACCAAUAAAACGGAUGUGGAGCAUCCGCUGGAGACGGUGUACGAGAACAUAAUCAGUCUGGAGAACUGGCAGUCGAACUUCUACGCGGAAUGCUUCCAGGAGCUCAACGCCCGCCAGGAGUUGGCCAAGGAGGUGGCCCGGUCGGAGCAGCAGGGCGUCUUCGGGCUGACCAACGAGCUGAAGCUGCAGCGCGACCAGGAGAGCAAGAUCUUUGCCGAAAAGGUGGACACCGCCUAUCGCGGCCUGGAGGUGAUUGCCUACAACUACGAGAAGGCCGUGAGCAGCUUCCUGAUGGCUUUGAACUCCAGCCACGAUCCGAAUCUGCAGCUCUUUGGCACGCGGCUCGACUUCAACGAGUACUACAAGAACAGGGACACCAAUCUGAGCAAGCCGCUGACCUUUGAGCACAUGCGCAUGAGCAAUGUGUUUAGCCUGAACCCGAAUAGUCGGUUCAUCAUCAAUGCGCCUUCGCCGGCGGCCAUCAAGGAAUAGCAUUCAGUCGUCACAUUAAAUCUCAGUGCCAAUAUGCGAAUCAUCAGGCCUCAUCAUCGUUACAGCCAGUUCAACUGCGGCUAAAUAUUUGAGAUAUACCCUUAAGCAACCAAAAGCAAUCAAGCAAACUAAUCCAACUAUUUACUAA